AUGACUGGCGCAAGGGUAGAAGAUAUCACUGAUUCAGUCGAGCACCAUGCUCCUAGCGAAGCAGAAGACCGAACCAGGAGACUUCAAGAAUUAACCUCGCAAGUCUUGAGAAUAGGGAGUGAGAUGUCUGAAAUAAAGAAUCAAGCGUCGGCUGUUAAACAGGAGAUUAGAUCUAGCGAAACCAGAUCUAUAGAGUCAACUCCAUCACCCGAAAAGAAGAAGAAGCACCACAAUCUCCAAUACUUUAAGAGCAAAACAAGGAGAUUAUCUCAAUCUCUUCAACCCCUGAUCCAAUCACCGAACCCAUACCUCGUCGUUCAAGGCGUGCCAAUAUUGGUAUACCACCAGAGAGGUAUUAUGACCCUAAUCAAAAACACCUCUCUAUUGAAUACGAGAAAAGGGAUAGAGACAGUUAGAGAGCUUCGUAAAGAUCGAGAUCAAGAUUACCUAGGGAUCUAUCGGAAGCUAAAGGAUCCGUAA